AUGCCAUCUAUUGAAUCCCAUGAUCUCUUCCCCGCGGGUAUGCAAGCUGGGAACAGGUUCUACCAACCCCCUACUCCCCCUCUUGGCCCUCUUGAAGAGGACAUUGUAGAAAAGUACAUCAGUAUCAUCCUAAGUCUCUACGCCGAGCUGGCUAGUUUCAGAGAUCUCGACCCCGCUCCUCAGGUCAAUGCUGCUUUUGGAAAGUUGGUUGGACUGUGCGCCGAGAUGCUAAAAGAGGAGGUCGCGGAAAAGAUUGUCAAUGAUCACCGUAUCGUUAAGAUAACUGCCCACCUACGAGAAAUCUGUUCUCAGGGAGAAUGUAAACUCGAGGCAUACUGGGCCACAAAGCUUAGUUCUGAGAAAGAUGUGAAUGCUGAGCUCCUCAAAUUCCCUUACUACACCAACUAUGUGGACCUCACCCGCAUGGAGAUUUACGCAAUGAUUUCCAUGCUCCCCACUAUGCCACGAAAGUUCGCCUUCAUUGGCUCCGGACCCUUGCCCCUCACCUCACUCUGUCUCGCAGAUAUCCUCGAGAAGGAACUACACAGUGACUCAAAAGUCCCUCUUCUGGUCCACAACAUCGAUCGCGACGCCAGCGCAAUUGAGCUCUCCUCAUCCCUAUGCCAAAAACUCGGAAAGCGCGCUCGAUCAAUGACCUUCCAGUGCACAGAGGCGAUGGAGGACCAGAAAAAGCAGGACCUGACCCAAUUCGACGUUGUCUACCUCGCCGCUCUCGUCGGCGCUAACAAGUCGCAGAAAACAGAAAUCAUUGCGGAUGUGGCUGGAAGAAUGAGGGCGGGCGCGCUGUUGGUUAUGAGGAGUGCACACUCGCUCAGAAGCUUGUUGUAUCCGGUGGUUGAUCCGGGUACCGACCUCGAGAAGGGCCUCCUCGAGACUUUGCUGGUAUCACAUCCGUACAACCAUAUCGUCAAUUCCCUUGUCAUCUCGCGUGUCAAGGCACCUAUUGAUGGAACGAUCUGA